AGGAUCUCGGCAGCAGCGAUGUCCACAAUGAGCGCCAAGUUUCUGCUCUUCGCAGCGCUUCUUCUUUUGGUUCUCAUGCCCAACAGUGCGGCUUCAGAAGAGGAGGGUGUGAAAUGCUGCAAGGGCAGCAUGAUCCAAAAAUGGAUCAAAAUCUCCGAUCAGAUUUCGAAGCGAUUCGAAGAGCUUUCGUUGCGCUUUCCUCCUCUGGCUGUUUGCAUGAAGUAUGUCUUCCGCCCUUUGGGAAAGCUCUGGAAUUACUUGCUCCGCACUGUGAAGCCAGCCGCUCCCAUUGCUGCCAAACUGGAAACAGAAGAGACAGCCCAGAAGGUGGAAAAGGUGAACGAGGAAGACCUUCGAAAGCAAGAGGAGUCAGAGGCAACUGUACGAGCCCAAGCAGAAGCGAGACAGGAGCAAGAGAAAUCUGUUGAGACUGAUACUGCAAACGAGGAAGCUGCGAGUGUAAUUUCUACGGAGGAAGCAAAGACUGUACCAGAGACUUCAGCGCAAGGAGCUCCAACUGCUGAUUCCAACCAAGACGGAGUCAAAGUGGAGCAAGAAAAGGCUGAAGAGCCAGCACAGCAGACGGCAGCGGAGUGAACAUGUAGUACAAGCUCAUCAUCUUACCCGGCCAUCAAAAUCUAUUGACGUAGAACACAAUGAUUAAAGGAUAUCCUGGGG